AAUACAACUACUACUUCUAUAUCCAACUCCACAAUCGCCUUCUCUCUUCCUCCCUUUCUCAUAUUCACAAACCCAUCCAAGGAGUAAGUAGGUGGUUGAAGAGAACAGAGAUUUAAAAUGGUGGAGAAGACUAAAAUCAGGAAAGAAGAGAUUGUUACCAGAGAGUACACUAUCAACCUUCACAAACGUCUUCAUGGAGUAACUUUCAAGAAGAUGGCUCCCAAGGCCAUUAAGGAAAUCAGGAAGUUUGCCCAGAAGUCCAUGGGAACAAAAGAUGUCAGAGUAGAUGUGAAAUUGAACAAGCACAUCUGGAGCAAAGGUAUCAGAAGUGUCCCAAGGAGAGUCAGGGUUAGAAUUGCACGAAAGAGAAAUGAUGAUGAAGAUGCUAAGGAAGAGCUUUACUCACUUGUCACUGUUGCAGAAAUUCCAGCAGAGGGUCUCAAGGGAUUGGGCACUAAAGUCGUCGAAGAAGCUGAAGAUUGAUCCGUUAUUUUGCUUCAACAACUAUCUUUAUUUUACUGGAGAGUUUAGGAAAGUUAAUUUACAGAUCUUGUGAUACCUUCUUUAGUUUAAUUUUUGUCACCGAGUCUAGUUACAUCAUUCAGAUCUUAUGGUUAAAACUUUUGAAACUAUGUUGAGCUUUUCGUAUUGCGGCUAUUGCCCCCAUGGAGAAAAUGGAAGCCUAAGUGCAGUCUGGCUUUGUUAGA